UUCUCUCAAAUGUUGUUCAGGGGUGAGGAAGGCUGUGCUAGUCAUUUGCUUGCAUGUGAGCCAUAUUGCUGUUAAUACAGAGGGUGACAUUUUAGCUGUGGGGUGCAACUGUAUGGAAGGGCUCCUUGGACACUUGUUUAUUUUGUUGUGAUGUCUCCAUUUAUCAGCAUUGUUUUUCUUGAUUAAUAGUAUAUUUACUGUUCCUGCUAAGCUAACCCACAGAUAUGUAUUACUGACCUGUAUGAAAAUCAUACAUAAUCACAUGAUUAUGUGCCACCAAUGACAGCACAACAUUUUUUAGCUUAUUUCAUUACUUUGCAUAAAUCCCAUGUCUAGUUCAACAGAGUAUUCUGACUCUGAUAGACUCUGAAUACUUUGACCAUUUUGCAGCUUAUCUUUGCUUACCAUAUAAUAUGUGAUGAAACAUUUUAGUAAAAUAUUAUUUGGUGUCCUAUUUACACAUUUGUUAGUUAUUUUUGGCUUCAGAGCACAUUUUAAGAGAAUUAUGUACAAGUGAGUGGUGUGAGACUAGAACCGUUAUUGUCACUAAACACAUUCAAAAAGUUCAGCUUUCCUCACUAACACCAAAGCUGUGUUUUAACCUGAAAUCAUGGAAUUUUAUACUUUAUAACUGUGAUCUUUUUUUUUUUUUUUUUUUGCCUAGGUGCCUAAAGUCGUAGCUUAUGUGGUGUGAACAUCUGAGGUGCUUCUGACUCGGUGUGAAAGCAGGAUGGUUCUUAUUAUUCCUUUUCUCUGCACCUUAUUCUUCAUGUCUUUGGUCACAGAUGUCACAAAUGGAACUACUACUGCUGGUUGCACUACUGGAAAAUAUGAGGAGUGUCAAAAAGCAGAGUUUGUUCCAGGUCAUAAUCUUGGAGGGGAAGGGUUUGAUAUUACCACCCUUAGCAGAAAAGGAGCUUAUGUUGUCGAGGUGGAGGCUGCAAUGACUGAAAGCAAAAGCUGUACCUUAUGCAAGAAUGAGCUGAUGAAUUACAGGUUGCAGAAGUUGCCACACACUGUUGUGGAUUGGCAGGCUUUACCUAAAUGUGACUCCAAAAUAUCCAGUAAACUUUUCAAGUCAAGCUUUUCAUUUGCUGAAUCAAACAAUGCCCUGAUUGAGAAUGAUUGGAGUGUAGAGCUUGGGGUCAUGCCCAAACCUGGGGCUGAUGAAGGUGUGGUUUGGAGUGGAUCACAUUCUAAGUUGAAUGAGUUUAUGAUGAACCUUACUAGUCGGGAUGAGUACAGUUACAUAACCCAAGAAGUGGAAUGCAAAGUGUACAGCUAUAGAAUAAGGGACAAACCAGAACUUAAGGAACAGUUUCAUGAGAUGCUGAAAUCACUCCCUACUACUUACACUGCUCAUACAAAGCCUCAGUACCAGGAACUGAUUGACAUUUAUGGGACUCACUACAUUCGUAAAGUAGAGUUGGGUGGAAGAGUGAAAGAUGUCACCGCUGUCAAAACUUGUGAAGUUGCGCUUGAUGGUAUGACAAAUGAUGAGGUGAAGGACUGCCUGGGAGUUGAAGCACAUGCAGUCUAUGGUCCUGUCAAAGCAUCAGCCAAAUAUAAUGAGUGCCAUCAGCUCAAGACGAAAAACUUACAUUCUGCAAAUUUUUCAGAGAAAUAUAGUGAAAGAAUAUCUGACAUCAUAGGAGGGAAUAUCUAUGAAACUGCUGAUUUACUGUUUCCAUCUCCAAAUGACAAGUCUGCCUUUAAAACAUGGCUUUCUUCUCUGCCUGAGCACCCCGGUAUUGUACAUUAUUCUCUUUCUCCUCUUAGCAAGCUUGUAUACUCUGAUGAAACAAUCAAAAACAACCUGGCAGAAGCCAUCACUGAAUAUAUUACAGAGAAAGCCAUUAUAAAAAGAUGCCCCCCUUGCAUGAAGGGAUCAUACACUAGUUCAUUAGAUAAGUGUAACUGUACGUGUCAUUGCAAUGCUGAAGUAUCUGUAAUAUGUUGCUCUAAAAACAAGGGUACUGCAGAGUUCACAAUGGUGAUUGAAAGAGCAUUUGACCUAUAUGGGGAUCCAGGGGGUAAUACUGAUGGUUUUGUUGAGGUCACCUUUGGUUCAGAGAAAGUAAGAACCCCAGUAGUAGAUGAUAAUAAUAAUCCUCAGUGGCAUCAUACAUUUGAUUUUUGCCAUGUCAACCUACAAUCAGAGGUAAAGGUUAAGGUCGCUGUCCAUGACGCUGAUCCAUAUUGGGAUGACUUCCUUGGUGAGUGCACCAAAUCUGUGGUUCCUAAAGUCAUAGCUUACCUGGUGGGAAAAUCUGAGGUGCUUAUGACUCAGUGUGAAAGCAGAAUGGUUCUUAUUAUUCCUUUUCUGUGCACCUUAUUCUUCAUGCCUUUGGUCACAGAUGCCACAAAUGGAGCUAUUAUUGCUGAUUGCACUACUGGAAACUAUGAAGAGUGUCAAAAAGCAGAGUUUGUUCCAGGUUAUAAUCUUGGAGGGGAAGGGUUUGAUAUUACCACCCUUAGCAGAAAAGGAGCUUAUGUUGUCGAGGUGGAAGCUGCAAUGACUAAAAACAAAACCUGUACCUUAUGCAAGAAUGAGCUGAUGAAAUACAGAUUGCAAAAGUUGCCGCACACUGUUGUGGAUUGGCACGUUUUUCCUAAAUGUGGUUCCAAAAUAUCCAGUAAAGUUUUUGAGUCGAGCUUUUCCUUUGCUGAAUCAAACAAUGCCCUGAUUGACAAUGACUGGAGUGUAGGGCUUGGGGUCCUGCCCAAACCUGGGGCUGAUGAAGGUGUGGUUUUGAGUGGAUCACAUUCUAAGUUGAAUGAAUUUGCAAUGAAUUGCGCUAGUCGGGACAAGUACAGUUACAUAACCCAAGAAGCAGAGUGCAAAGUGUACAGGUAUAACUGUCUGCCAGUUUGUAUAAGAAGUUAUAAAGCAGCCCAAAUAAAACUAGCAGUAUAA